UCUUCAAUUCGACCACAGGAUGAGAUAAAGAAGCUGGCUAGGAGUGAAAGAAUGGCGGUUACUGUAUCAAACAUUGCUAACAUGGUGCUGUUCUUAGCAAAAGUGUAUGCCUCCUAUGAAAGCAAAUCAUUAGCAGUCAUUGCAUCAACUUUGGAUUCUCUGCUAAACCUCUUAUCUGAAUUUAUUAUGUGGUUCACUGCCUAUGCAAUGAAAAAACCAAACCAGUAUCGUUACCUUAUUGGAAAGAAGCGGAUGCAGCUAGUGGGUAUUAUAGUUUUUGCAUCAGUCAUGGCAAGUCUUGGUUUACAAAUCUUGCUUGAAUCUGACAGGCAACUUAUUAGUAAGAUUGCACCAUACACAAUUAACUGAUGGUCAAAGACGAAAAUGUACAUGGUCUAAUUGGAAGAAUAGCUCCACCUGAAUUCCAAGAAAAACUU